CUUCAGAGCGGAAGUGCCGUUUUGUUCUCGUUCCUGAUGCUAGUCUUGGAGGACUAAACUAAACUCAAAGUAUUUGUGUUGUAACAUUAACAAAGUGUUCAAAAUGUCUAACACCAGACACCAGAGCUUCCGGAGCUUUCUAACCGAGCGGUUUACCGCCGUUGCCGUGGAGAUAUUCGGAGAGGUUGAAACUAUUGUGGAGGCGUUGUACGAGGAAAACAAACGUCUGAGGAACACGCUGCACAUGGUGCUCAGUCCCGAGAUAAAGUUACCCAAGAUAGAUGUUAGUCGACACACUGCAGUAACCACAGAUGUCAGAAGAAAGAAGCCUGCUGAGUUGAACACUGGGGUGAGCCAGGAAACAUCAGAGCCGUUGCCUAAAAUACCUAAACAAGAGCAAACUGAAUAUGACAUAAAUUUGGGAUCAGAACAACAACAAAGUCUGGGGGAAGCUGAUAACGGCAUUACUACAGUUUGUGUGAAAAAUGAGCCAAAAGAAGAAGAACACUUCAGCACUGACUCGUACCACAUCCAAGUGGUGGAGUGGACCCCCGACUCUUCAGCCACUAUCUCGGCUGAUGAAGUGGACCAUCAAGGCGAGUACUUAGAUGCAGUCAGAGAUUUCCAACACCUGUCCAGGAGUGAAGGAAGCUCAAAUAAAAGCCAGGAACCCUCAAAACAUUAUAGAAAGGCAACAAAAAAGAAGAAGUCAAAGCACUGCCUGCAGAAAACCCUGCUAGAAUUGCCGAGGAUGGUGCCCUACAAAUCUUUCAUAUCCACUCCAACUGACUGCCAGUCCUUUUUGGCGAGGCUCACUGAGGCCUUCAAGGGUGUUCCCGAUGACGAGAAGCCUCUGAUAACCAAAAUGGGCCUCACUGCGAAUGUGGAAUUAGUGGACUGUGCUUUUGGUAAAGUCCCUAAAGGUUCUCCACUGUCCUACCAGUGCCCGUUGCCAUCAAGUCAGGAUUACAUGACUAAUGACAAUGCUCCCCCUCGACCGCUGCUUCCCCUGUCUUAUCACACACUGGAGCCAGUAUCGGCUCUUCCUACGCUGAGUGCCAGGGAGCAGGAGCACGUGGACGUCAUGCAGAUCACCUGGGAGGAAGCGCACAGUCUGGAGCAAUCCACACGGGGACGCAAGGAGUCGGCAGAGGAGCUGCAGAAGCUGCGUUUGACCAGUCGUUUCAGAGAGAUCUGCACACUCAAACCAGGACGGAGCCAUGCGGAGCACCUCGUAUACAAGUUACAUAAAGGACCACCGAGGUGCAAGUCGGCACAGAUAGAGGAGGAAAUAAAGAAUGAAGCACUUCGGGUAUACUGUCGGAAUCUGUGUGUCAACUGGUACCCCUGCGGUUUCAUUGUCCAUCCAAAUGCUCCAUGGUUGGGUGUGCGGCCUGACGGUUUGGUGUACGACCCCAAUGAGAAGUCCAGUUUCGGGCUGGUGCAUGUCAAAUGCAUCAGCUCCCAGAGCUUGGUUGACUGCGGGUUCCUGGUCGCCCAGGACGGAGUCUUGGAAGUGAAGAAGAACCACACAAACUAUUGGCACAUCCAAGUAGAGAUGAUGGUAGCAGGCACGUCGUGGUGUGAUCUGUUGGUGCUCUCCAGAGAAGACAUACUAGUUCAACGCAUCUACAGAGACAAGGUUAUCAGCAACAGCAUGAAGAAGAAGUUGGACGAAUUCUUUUUCUAUUACUACUUGCCAAGUCUGUUUUAAAGCUGAUGUCACAUUGUGAGUGCUUGUGGCAUCGUCACACUGCUGUCGUACUCUACAUGCUGUUAUCCCCUCAGGUGGUUGGUUGUGAGUUUUAACAGACUGCAAAUUACGUGAAUGGGAUACUUUCUGACCACUAAUGCUUUAAUGGCAUUACUAAAUGUGUAAUUAAUAUAUUAUUAGUUUCAAUCAAUCAGUCCCGUUAAAAGAAAGUUCAUGUUUUUUGGUAAUGUGUCCUCUUUUUAGCAGCACCUGCUUCAAUUAUUAGUUACUAUUAAUGAAUCUGCUGAUCAUUUACUCGAUUAUUCGAUUAAUUGUUUAGUCUAGGAAAUAGCUAAAAGUAUCUACCUCAGUUUCCCUGAGCCGAUGCUCUCAUUGGUUAUGCCUGAAUGUAUUCAAUUUACUGUCAUACAAGAGUAAGAAAACCAGCUAUUAUACACAUUUCAGAAACUGGAACAGGAAUAUUUUAUGUUUUUCCUAAAAAAAAAAACGACUUGUAGGAUUGAUUAGUGAAAUGUUUGCUGAUUAAUUUUCUGUGGAUCAGUUAAUUGUCUCGGCGUUCUUUCUCAUGUUGUUUGGGUUCAAUCAAGUUUUUAAUCACAGUAUGCUUUACGCAUUACAGUUUCAGAUGUUGACACAAAAGGGGCAUUUGAUUACCAAAGCACAACGCAUUGUAAAUGUUACUGCACUGCUUAAACUGAACAAGACUUCAAGCAGAAGAUUUGAAUGUUCAAAAUAAAUACUUUUACAUAAAACCUAAAUAAUUCUGUUUAACUGCUUUCCCCUCUUGUGUGUCCUUUCACUGCAACACUUAUUCAGCUCUCAUAACUCAUAAAAGACCACAGUUUUAAAGGUUGGUACAAAUUUGAACUUUCAAUUCACUACCAAAACAGUGAUUGUAGUUCUGAAACAGCAUUACCUUCAGCAGAAGGUUUGAAUGUUCAAAUAUAAACCUUAUAUCUCACCAAAUGUAGUGUUAGUACUCAAGUGGUCUCUAGCCUUAACCCUAAUGUUGUGUUGGGGUUCCUGUAGACCUCCACCUCUCUUAAACAGCUAAAAAGAAAAGUAUCACUGUUUAAGUCAGCAUGAUAGUUCAUCAGUUUUUCAUUUUACAACGUAGUUGCUAAUAUAUUUGAUAAUUUGAUUAACUGCAGAUCUAAUGUAUUUGUUCAUGCAUAACCCAUAAAACAUGAACUAUUUCCAUGUAUAGUGUAAUAAAUAAUAAUAAUUAUAUAUAUAUAUUUGUCUUUU